AUGGAAAAUAAAAAUAUAAUCUUACUAAUCUUUACCUAUCUUGAACUCAACGAUUUGGCAAGAUGCGAACAAGUUUGUCUGAAUUGGCAUCACUUUAUUAAUUCGGACACACUACAAAACAGGAAAAUCUUUAGUAAUUUUACUUAUGAUAGUCUCUAAUAAUUUAAGUGGCAUUCUAAGAAAUUCUAGUAUCUAAAAAUCAAAGACUUAGUUUUCUAUGAAGAAGACUUCAAGAUAAAUAAAAAGGAUAUCAUUAAUACCAUUUCUAAACUUGAAUUGGAAUCACUCACAAUCAAAUUAAAUUAAUUGAAUGUAUUCGACCAUUUAUUGGUCAAUCAAAAACAACUCAGAAAAUUAGAAAUAAGAAUGCCCAUCACAAAUUAAUAAUUGCAGUUACUAACUUAAUUGCCUCAUUUAGAAUAAUUACAUCUCAGAAUUCAAAAAAGAACAGAUGAGAAUUUAAAACUAGGCCAAUUGCACAAUCUUAGUGCCAUAUCCCUCCAAUUGCAAGGAAUGAACCAUUAAGAAGUUCUACAAAUGAUUCAGAACUCUUAUGAAACUUUGAGUGAAUUGGAAAUUGAUGCCGAUGAAUACAAUCAUGACGAAAUGAUCCAAAUCGUUAAUUGCUUGAAUAAGGACAAGAUAGAGAAAUUGUAUAUUUAUUACUUUAACGAUUACUCUGAUCUCCUCAUACUCAAACUAAGUUAAUUUUACAAAUUGAAUAAGUAUUGUAGAUUCCUUAUCUAAUAGGUUAUCCAUUUUUAAGGCUUAGAAUAUUUAGGAGGAUUCUAUGUUAUAAUUAUUCUAAAAUAAGUACUUCGAGGAAAUCAAUUUAAAUUAAUGUGAUGGAGUUACAGACAGAGUGGUAUUUUAAAUAAUUAAGAGGUGUUAAAGACUUAAAUGUAUUAACCUAUCAUGGAACGUAAAUAUUUUCGAUCAUUCGAUCAUGAUAUUAUUGGAAGAAGCUAUGCAAUUAGAAGAAGUAUAUUUAAUUGGAUGUAAAUAAUUAACAACUGAAUGCAUACCUAAAAAUUUGUAUUUCCGCAACUUAUUUAAAAAAUUAAGAAUUCUAAAUUUCGAAUCAUGCAAUGCCAUGAAUGAUAGUAAGCUGAAGAAGUUGAAGAAUCAAUUUAAGUAUAUAAAAAUUAUUAAUUAUUAUGGAGAUGAGAUUGAUAAAAUUUGA